ACUAAACGUAAAAAGCUAUUAAAAAAUCACAUAACAGCUAUUGGGUGGCGCUAAGUGAAAAAAUUAAAAUAAUUAUUAAUAACAGUGAAAGCGAAAAAAUAACAGUAUUUUAGCAUAAAACAAUCAUAAACGAUAAAUACCUACGUUGUCAUUAAAACGUUUUCACAAUCUUAUAAAGUUAAAAACUUACCAUCUAUCGAUUCUAAAAAAUCAAUACCAAUUUCUAUUUUUAAACGUCAUCUUUGUCAUUUGUCGCCAUGGCAACUCAACAUGUUUUGUCAAUAACAGUUAAAAGAAACAAAUUGGAUAACUCAAUUGAUGCUGUUGCAUAUAGUUCGACUUUUGCAAUGGAAGACAAAGAUACGCCGCAUAUUAUUGCACACAUCCAACACAAAUUAGAUCAUUCUUUAUUCGAUUGUAAAUGGGUACCGUGUUCUGCAAAAUUUGUGGUUAUCGGAUCACUUCCUAAAGGUAGCGGAACUAUUGAGGUAUUUGAGAUAUCCUCAGGGAAAAUUGAAAAAAUAAAGGUAAUAGAGCGGCAAAAUUCAUUUAAAUGUGGAACCUUUGGCGCCAGCAGUGAUGUUGAGCGAAGAUUGGCUACCGGUGAUUUCAAAGGAACUUUGGAAAUAUGGGAUUUAGAAAAGAGCAGUCAAGUUUAUAUAACAAAGGAACAUACAGACAUAAUAAAUUCAAUAGAUGGAAUGGGAGGCAGUACUGUAAAUUGUGGCGCUCCUGAGAUUGUGACUGGAAGUAGAGAUGGUACAGUCAAGGUGUGGGACCCACGGCAGCGUGGUAAGCCAGUGGCUAACAUGCAGGCGGCUAGCGGCGAGACGCGGCGUGACUGCUGGUGUGUCUGCUUUGGUAAUUCGUUUAACGACGCCGAGCGCAUUGUGAUGGCUGGAUACGACAAUGGCGACCUCAAGAUGUUUGACCUCAGAACUAUGUCUUUGAGAUGGGAGUGCAAUCUAAAGAAUGGGGUGUGCUGCGUAGAAUUUGAUCGUCAAGAUAUACCAAUGAACAAAAUGGUUGCGACAACAUUGGAGGGAAAGUUGCAUGUAUUUGAUCUCAGAACACAAAAUCCCACUAAAGGAUUUGCCCAAGUGUUAGACCACUGCAGUCAAAGCGGCACAAUAUGGGCGGCGCGGCAUCUGCCCCAGAAUAGAGAUAUAUUUAUAUCCUGUGCUGGGAAUGGUUUAGUUAGUCUUUGGAAAUAUGAGUACCCGGAGCAGCGCUGCCGCGUGGACGGGUCGGGUGCGGCGUACGGCGUGCCGGGCAGCCUGCGCCGGCUGCAGCGCGCGCUGCUCAGUCCGCAGCCCAUCAACGCCUGGCAAUGGAACCGCGACCACACCGGACUUGCGAUCACCACCUCCUACGACCAGCAAGUGCGGGUCAUUGUCACCACUAAACUCAAUUUGCAGUGAACUCAGCUCAUUUAACUACAGCUAUUGGAAGUUUACUACGUUUCUAGUCAUUACCAUUUUUCUGCCCAAUGAUGGACUUGUCUUCCCAAACGCCUAUCAAAAAAUUUAAUCUAGAUUGAAUUUUCAUUUUCCUACACAUGAUAUAUUUAUUUUACUUAUAACAAAAUGUGUUUUUAUUUUUUGUUCUCAAGUCCAUGUUUGUUCCAAAUAAUUAUAGUAUUUUGAUGGGACUUUUCCUGCAAGUUAGCUGUCCAGAGUAACACAGCUAACUAGUACUAAAUAUACUCACUUAACGAUUCCGAGUACGACUUAAUUUGUUUUAUGUCAUAAAUGGAUGUUUUUAUAUAUUAAUAAUGAGUUAUAAGAUU